GUAUACACGUGUUCUUCUGUGUUCGUCCGAAUACGCAGGUACAAACAGUCGCGAGUGGCCUCGUUUUUUUUACGCGUCUAAGUUGUCAUCCAGGUGAUGAAAUCAUUAAUGUUGUGAAUAACAAGUAAACCAGUUUCAAUAAGUUACGUCAAGAUUCAAAAUUUAGAAAAUUGACCCUUGUCCUUCAUAGUGAUUUACGAUUGUUUAGGUUCCCUGCUCUAAGAACCUUUCGCGUCCGGAGGUGCGAUAGCCUUUUCGAAAGUCGAAGUAUGCAUUCGCGCAUGAUAUAUUUCGAAACGCCGAAGGUCGUGAUUGCCUCUCGCUCCAUUAUUAAAUUCCGUAGUGUUUUUAGGUUUUUACCCCGCGUGAGAAGCAUUUGAGAGAGGGCUCUAUCAUGCCUAUAGUCGACCUAGAAAUGAUCAAGAGCUGAUUGAUGAAAGCUUGUCAUAAUCUUACCCAGAGAAAAACUUUACAACGAAGUUUGUGGAGUUUGUAUCGCGUGGAGGAAAUAAGAUGAGUUGAAAAAGACUGACGUUUUUCGAUGUUCUCUGCGUUCUUCGAUAAACUGGCACUACCGAUAAAACUUAGCAAACACUGAAGAAGCUCGUUUCACAUCGACAGAGCCUAUCUCCAUACAUCGUUCACUGUGCACAGUAGUAUCACAUGCCCUUAACCGAAGUCACCGAGAUCAGGUGAUAUGCCUGUGGUUUCAGCCUAAUGCUGUUUCGAAGAGUAUUAAUUAAAGCAAUAAAAUUCUAAGUAGCUAAAUGUGCAGUUCAGUCUUCCCAUAGUGAUAAAUUUCUUUCUUUGAUUGAGACAUAAGGCGAUAGAUUAUCGAAUUGGCAACAGAAUUUCUGUUCAAACGUUAAUAAAGAACUUUUCUGGUAUGAACACCGUGGGAAGAAAUGGGUCUUGGGCCGAAGCUACUGUCAAUGACAAUCGUCUAUAUCGUUCAGGCAGAGAAAAAGACAAAUUAUGCAAGAUUUGUAUUAAUCUUCUUAGGGCUACAUAAAUCGUGCCGCCAGGUUUAAAAAAUUAGUAAACAUUUUUAGCCUUGUUCCUGGCACCGAAUGUUUAGGAAAUCGACGCGUUCGGCUUGGCGAAGAAAACGCUUUACACUAACCGGAAGAUAAAAGGGAAAUCAGUUUGAAGAGCGACCUGUACAAAGACGUAGUCGAAGCUGAAGGGUGAGAGAAGAGCGAAUGUAUUUUUAGCAACAGCUUUGAGUUGCAAAAACCGGUUCUGACUCGCCAGCACAUAACGCAGUACUCGUAACGAGUUGUAGCGAUAGUAAGAUGAGGAGGGUUGUUUAGGAAAGGCGAAGUAGGUGAGACUCGAAUCCGAGAUAUGUAAUGUUGAAUGCUACUCACUCCAAGGGAGCAUGCCAGAUUACCUUCGAAGAAAGUGACAAGAAAAUCGAAAAGCUGCGAUUCUGCACUGAACCUUAAUUCAUGUUUCUCACCGAUGUCACCAUUUGGUUGUGAAAUGCUUUGUUAUUGCAGCACAAAGUUGAGCAGAUUGCUAAGCAAUCAUUUUAUUCUAAGUACGAUAUAACUUUAUUAAUAAAGUUUGUAAGAGCACCGAGAAAUUCUGUGAAGUAUUGUUUAAAUUCCAGGAGCAUCCGUAGAAGACGCUGACUGAAUGAAUUAAUACACCGAGCACAUAUACUCUUAUGUUUUCUCUGCGAUAACGGUAAAAUCUGUGAAUAAUUAAAGUGAAAAAGUUAAUGUACCUGUGAGCACAUAAUCGAUAAUAAAAACAUUUAUACAAAUAUUAGAACAUAACUGAGGAGCAUGUGCAUAAUCAAAACAAAUUAGAUGUAUAUGUCUGCUUAGUUUAUGCCGAUCGAAAGAUUUGUAACGUUAAAAGUUUUACUUUUGAACCGAAAUACUGACGGUCACGAGAAAAGAUGCAAAACUCAUUGAGUCAAUGAAGCACGUAAUUCGCUUCCUUUCCAAUAGUUACGUAUCGAAAACAUCGAAGGAAAUAAGCAAACAUUAAAUCAAAGCAAAGAUCUUUAGUGAUCCGAAUAUUCAAGGAUAGAAAAUUCGGCUUUACAUCAGGUGCAAACACGUGUAACGUAAUGAAGAAUGGCAGAUCGUCAAACUAUACGUAGCGUCGUCUCGACCUCGACCGAUCCACGUCUGGGCCAAAAACGAGCCCUAGCUGCUCGUGCAUCUAGCAUGGCUUUGGCUGUGGCCUUAGUGGCUGUAGUACUCCAAUCAGCAGUCACUGCUUUACCUACUUGGGGAUAUUUUUCAAACACUGAUGUUGGCAGUGGAUCAGAGAAGGGCUACUUCGGACCAUGGAGACAAUGCAAAUACUUACUUUACGGCAGAGAAAAGUGCGGCGAGGGUAUAUCUAGAUUUCAACCAGCAUUGGCUGUCUGGGUGGCUGGUCUGGCCGCAGUUGGAGCCUCGAUUCUGUUAUCAAUCAUAACUGGUUUAGCACUGCUUCAAUUGGCUAUGGCUUCAUCAGCAAAACGAAUGCUUGUGACGUAUAGCACAGUCAUUAUAGGAAAAGUAGCACUUUCAACUUUAGCAACAUGUCUGGCCGUUGUUGCAGCCAGCUUAUUCGCACUACAAACUGACGAUAUGGCUAAUAAUUUCUUGGUUGAUAGAGGAGAAGGAUUUUAUUUGCAGUUGGCUGCUAUCGUCUUGAAUUUUAGUAUUCUGGUUUCUUCCAUUUAUGAGGGUAUUUACGCUCGAAGAGGUGGUGAUCCCACUAGAUUGCGGGCCAUUCAGUCAGAUCCACGUGGUAGCACCAUAAACAACCCUGGAUACCGUGAGCACCAUCAUCCAAUAAAUGGUGUUUCUGUAUCUAUGACUGACGCAAGUGGAAAGCCUUACUCAGGUGUUGCUGGAAACGGUUCACUGGCCUCCGUGGCUACUUCUGGUAGUGCUGCCAGUACAGUUUCACCUCUGAGGAGUUCGUUGAAAAAACCAAAGCCUUUAGGAAUACACAAUCCAGGAUUUACGGCGCACAGUCCAACUUUGUCGAGAAAUGGUUCCCAGAAAAAAGUGCGAAUUCAAACGCACUCUACCGAAGUUUAAUAUAUAUAUAUAUAUAUAUAUAUA